AUGCUUAUCUCUGCUAGAAGUGCAUUGACCAAGUUCUACCAGCAUCUCCUGGCCUUGGCGUUUGCCAUCAAUGAGAUCAAUGAGAAUCCCAGGAUCUUGCCCAAUGUCUCUCUUGGAUUCCACAUCUAUGAUAGCUAUAAUGAUGCGAGGAUUACCUAUCGUACUACUUUGGGCCUGCGGUUGAGAUUGGAGAGAUUUUUUCCAAACUAUGACUGUGGCUCCCAAGAAAACCUAAUAGCAGUCGCCGGUGGACUUAGCGCUAAGAUCUCCUUCUAUGUGGCAGACAUCUUAGAUCUCUACAAGAUACCACAGGCUUUGCCCCUUUCUUUAUGCAAUGACUACUGCAAUCUUGGUUAUCAGAAGAAAAAGAAGGAAGGGGAGAAAUUUUGCUGCUAUGAUUGUUCUCCAUGCCCUGGAGGGGAGAUUUCAAACCAGAAAGACAUGGAUGAGUGUAUCAAAUGUCCAGAAGAUCAGUAUUCAAGCAAGGAACAUGAUGAAUGCAUUCCCAAAAUGAUAACGUUCCUAUCCUAUGAAGAACCUUUAGGGAUCAGUUUAGCUUCAGUUGCUGUAUCUUUUUCCUUAGUCACAGUCUUAGUGCUGGGAACUUUUAAUAAGCAUAGAGAUACUCCCAUCGUCAAAGCCAACAACCGAGAUAUCACCAAUGCUCUCCUCAUCGCUCUUCUGUUCUGCUUCCUCUGUUCUUUGCUGUUUCUUGGAAAACCCCAGAAGGUGACCUGCUUCCUCCGACAAUCUGCUUUUGUCAUCAUCUUCACUGUGGCUGUUUCUUGUGUGUUGGCCAAGACCAUCACUGUGGUUGUAGCUUUCAUGGUCAUCAAACCAGGAUCCAGGAUGAGGAAAUGGACAGGGAAAACACUUACCAAUGCUACUGUCCUUAUUUGUUCACUCAUUCAAGCAGGCAUUUGCAUGGUAUGGCUAGGAACUUCUCCCCCUUUUCCAUAUUUUGACACACAAUCACUGGUGAUGGAGAUCAUCGCAGGAUGUAACGAAGGGUCAGUCAUCUUUUAUAUUGUCCUAGGCUACUUAGGACUUUUGUCUCUCAUCAGCUUGACUGUGGCUUUCCUAGCCAGGAAGCUGCCAAAUAGUUUUAACGAAGCCAAGUUCAUCACUUUCAGUAUGCUGAUAUUUUGCAGUGUUUGGUUGUCUUUCAUUCCAACCUACAUAAGUACCAAAGGGAAAUACGUGGUAGCUGUGGAGAUCUUCUCCAUCUUGGCCUCCAGCGCUGGUUUGCUAGUUUGUAUCUUUUCCCCCAAAUGCUACAUUAUUUUGCUGAGGCCUGAGUUGAACAAGAAGGAGCAGUUAAUUAGGCGAAAGAGUUAA